AUGGCCAUUGCUUUGACAUGGCUAUUAACUGGCUAUUUGAAAGUUUAGGUAUACAGUCACAUAUUCAUUAGAUUUUUACUUAAAAUUUUAUCACAAAAAUUUAUUUUAAUUUUAAUUUCUCAAAAAUCAGUAAUUCAAUUGUUUUAUCAGAGUUAAAAAGAGCUAUCAAAAAUAAUUAUGGCUUAAUUAAAAUUAAUUUUCAAAAACUAAACAUAAUUAACUAAAUAUUUGAUUACUUAUACUUAUAGUUAGGUUAUUAGUUAAAAGUUUUCGGCUAAUUAGAUUACUGGAGAUGAUAUAGAUUAAUUCUUUGGAAUAAAGGCCUAAAGAAUAAUAACGGACUUAAAAUUAUAUAGCGACCCUUUGUUAGGUUUUCAUGUCUUAUACAUAUGGAAUCAUAGCAAGUAUAAAUAUAAAAAAAUUAGAACAUCGACUUUUUAAAUUAAGAAUUCUUAAUUAUAAAAUAAAUUUAGUAGUUUAGAAAUAACAUUCCUCUAUUUAGUGGAGCUUCCUAAUUGA